GCCGGGGGCUCCGGUCCGCGCCUCGCUCGGCGGCGACACAAAGCGGCUCCCGGCGGCGGCGGCGGCGGCGGCGGGGGGGUCCCGGCGUGCCCGCGGUCCCGGUACCGGGAGGCCCCACCAUGGCCAAGUGGCUCCGGGAGUACCUGGGCCGGGGGACCCGGCGUUCCCCCCCCCGCCCGCCCCAACCCGACUACAGCGGCGGCGAGCGCCGCCCCACCGGCACCGGGAGCGGGGUCCCCCCCUCCGUUCCCCCCGGUGCUGCCCUCCGCGGCCCCGCUGCCUCCCCCCGGCACCGGUUGGUGCGGGUGGGGGGUACGGGGCCGGGGGGGGGCCCCCGUCGGUUGGAGCAGGGCCCCGGCGAGAGCGAGUACUCGGAGCCCUUCGAGGGGGAGCAGGACCCAGCGCCCGAGGGUGGCUGCGAGGAGCCCGGCGAGGCCACAGGGUGCCCGCGGCAGGGCGAAGGCCGGCGGGCGAGACCGCGGCGGGGACCCCAACUCUACGACACCCCCUACGAGGAGUGGGAGACGGCAGGGGAGGGCCCGGGGGUGCCCACCACCCGCGAGAGCCGCCUGCCCCGCGACGACGAGCGCCCGGCCGACGAGUACGACCAGCCCUGGGAGUGGAAGAAGGAUCACAUCUCGCGGGCGUUCGCAGUGCAGUUUGAGAGCCCCGAGCGCUCCCCCAGCCUGUCCCGGCAGCUGCCGCGGCCCCCCCGGACCCCCGCAGGCGCCAGGCCGGGCUGUCCCCCCAGCCCCAGGCACGUGGACACCUCGCUGCCCCUGGAGAAGCAGGCGUGGUACCACGGCCCCAUCGGGCGAGCGGGCGCCGAGACGCUGUUGGCGCUGUGCCGCGAGGGCAGCUUUCUGGUGCGGGACUGCGAGACCAGCCCCGACGACUACUCGCUCUCGCUCAGGAGCAGCCAUGGCUUCGUGCACGUGAAGCUUACGCGGACGCGGGAGCAGCACUUCAUGCUUGGCCGUGCCGGGGCCGCCUUCCCCUCGGUGCCCGAAGCUGUGCGGCACUACACGGCGCGGGCGCUGCCCGUCCGCGGUGCCCGCCACCUCUCCCUGCUCUACCCCGUGGCUGUGCAGCCACUGUGAGCCCAGUGCUGCUGGGGACCCCCCAGCUGUGCCCCCCCCCGCUCCCCGUCCCACAGCAAAGCACCCCCAUUAAAAGCCGAUGUGCGGC